UGUUGUUGGCUUAACAUAUCAAAUAGAACCAACAUGAUUGCAUGUCUAUAGUAGAGGAAUAUUUUUUUUGUACAUUAAUGUAGCAACUGGAGUGUUUAUCUGACAUGGCUAUUUGUACGUUACGUAUAAUUACAAGUACAAGGUGUCUCCAGUUGUUAAAUCCUCCAAGAUGUAGCAUGAUAGAUAGGCAGUGUCUUACCUGAGGGAAUAACUCGUGAACGCGAAGCGGCGCGGCGCGGCGCGGGUGAAUUCAAUCCUUUGAUACCUAUGGAAGUGUCCUACGUGGGCGAUCUCCGAAUGCCGUUGGGCCGCCGCGCCGCGUCACAUUUGCGAGUCAUCGCCCACAUAAGACGCGCUGACACGGAGGUUACGAUAACUACGGAAUGUAACUUCGGGUCAAAAGCGCAUAUAAAACAGGUGGUAAUACACAGAAAAAUAUGCGUUCUACAAAAAACAGCCACAGAAAAUUCGACUUUUUUAUUCGGUCACUAAGUUCUGAUUCUCGCGUUCUUAUCGCGUUUUAUUGUCUUUUUUGUCCACCUUCGUGUAAUAUGAAGUUGCUUACCUAUUUAAAUACUAUGCAAAUCUGCAGGAUCUUACCAGUGGCUAUUUAAUGUUUGCUGGACCAAGUAAUCCAGUAAAAGUAUAAAAAGGUACCAUUGUUUAACCAGCUGUGAGUGAAUAUAUUAUUAUUAAGUUCUAAUGUGAUUGCAAUUUUUGUUUACAUGAUGAUUCUCAAUUUGACGAUGAUAUUGGUAUUGGUAGUAGGAGCUGCUGCAGCCCUUGAAAAACAAGAUGCUCAGUCACAAAUAUUAGAAGAAACUUACUUUAAUGAUGGAAGUGGUAAUUAUCGUUUCAGCUUCAAAACAUCAAAUGGACUAUACAGGACGGAAACUGGUCAGCUGACAACUAACUAUGAUUCAAGCCAGAAAUAUAUUGUGCGCGGCUCUUAUUCUUAUAUCGAUCCGGACGGCAACGAAGUGGUUGUUCAUUACAUAGCCGAUGAAAAUGGUUACGUUAUUGUGAAACCAGUCCCAACCGGUCCAGCUUCAAUAUCUACUGGAGUUUUGGCGUCUUUACUAGGCUAAGGUUAUAUUAACCAAGUAUUUUAUCGCCAUCGGUUUUACAUUUAUGUAGCAAUGUCAUUAAACCAAGCUGAAGUACCUGUAAUUAAAUUUUAAUAAUAAUACUA